GGUAAAAGUACACACACACACACACACACACACACACACACACACACACACACCGUAUAUUGUCACUUGAUCAUCAGUCAUUGCUGCUCUCUGGCAUUAGGUGGCACUAUCUCUUCACUGCCUGUGCAUUCACAUUUUUGUGCCUAAACUUUUGUUUUUGGAAAGAGGAUGGAAAAUGUGGGGCUAAAGACUGAAAGACAGUGAUGAACAAUCAUACACACACUCCCUCCCCUUACUCCUCUCUCUCCUAGUAAUGUUGAAUAGAGUAUCUGGGUCAGUGAGGUGCUUGAUUCCGUACAGUGCAUGUCUGUGUUUACAUGUGUGCAUCUGUGCAUGCAAAAAGUUUUUUGUUUUUUUUCCCCAAGUAAUGAAAUUAAAUAACGGUUCAUCUCAGCUCACCUUCCUGGACCCAAACACCUUCUGUUAAAUUGGUGCUCUGUUUUUUUUUUUUUUUUCUUCCCUAAUCUGUUACUCAUCCAUAAAUGCUUCUGGAACUUUAACGACAAGCAAAACUAUUUUCAAGGAUGGUUUAACCCGGUCACAGAUUGCAGAGUGGAGUACCUGCAGCGAAGAAGAAGACGUCGUUCUCAGACAGUUUGGGACUUAUGGUUUGAGUUUUCCUUUGGUGGUCAUCUAUUGUUUUGUUGCAUCAAGACCAUGGCUCACACUAAGUGGAAGGGCUGGUGGAUAGUGCUAUUGCUGUGUUUCUUGCUGGUGUGGAUUGCUGAUGGGAAUGUGGGUUUAUCUCCAGAUAAAAGAGUAGCAUCGCCAUCCUGCUAUGGAGGUUUUGACCUCUACUUCGUCCUGGAUAAGUCUGGAAGUGUGCAGCAUCACUGGACUGAGAUCUAUAAUUUUGUGGCACAUCUGGCUCAUAAGUUCAUUAGCCCACAGCUUCGAAUGUCCUUCAUCGUUUUUUCCACCGAGGGCCGGAUUCUCAUGCGGCUAACAGAGGACAGAGACAAAAUCCGCAUAGGUCUGGAGGAGCUCCAACGAGUUCUGCCAGGAGGAGACACGUUCAUGCAUGAGGGUAUUCAAAGGGCAAGUGAACAGAUUUACUAUGGGAACACUGAGGCAGGGUACCGGACAGCGAGCGUCAUCAUCGCACUCACAGAUGGAGAAUUGCAUGAGGAUCUCUUCUACUACGCUGAAAGAGAGGCCAAUCGUUCCCGAAGCCUUGGUGCCUCAGUCUAUUGUGUAGGGGUGAAGGACUUCAAUGAGACCCAGCUUGCCAAGAUUGCAGACAGCAAAGAUCAUGUUUUCCCAGUGAAUGGUGGGUUUGAGGCUUUGCAGAGUGUGAUCGAUUCGAUCCUGAGAAGAUCUUGCAUUGAGAUCCUUGCAGCAGAACCUUCCAGUAUCUGUGCUGGAGAGUCAUUCCAGGUUGUCGUGAGGGGGAAUGGCUUCCUCCAUGCCAGGAAUGUGGAUAAAGUCCUGUGCAGCUUCAGAAUUAAUGACACCCUCACUAGGAUGGUAAAGCCAUUGGUAGUGGAGGACACAUACCUUCUGUGUCCUGCUCCGAUACUUAGAGAAGAAGGAACGGCGGCUUCCCUUUACGUGAGCAUGAACGAAGGCCUUAGUUUCAUCUCUAGCUCUGUGACCAUCACCACUGUGAGCUGUUCUGAUGGCACAAUCCUGGCUAUAGCUCUGCUGAUUCUGAUGCUCCUGCUGGUGUUGGCUCUUCUCUGGUGGUUCUGGCCUCUGUGCUGCACAGUGAUCAUCCAUGAACCCCCACCACCUCCAAAAGAGGACAGUUCGGAUGAAGAGGAUGACGGUGCACCGAAGAAGAAGUGGCCAACAGUAGAUGCUUCCUACUAUGGAGGGCGUGGAGUCGGGGGGAUUAAAAGGAUGGAGGUACGCUGGGGUGAGAAGGGAUCAACUGAAGAGGGCGCUAAACUUGAAAAGGCAAAGAACGCCAGGGUGAAGAUGCCAGAACAAGAGUUUGAAGCUCCACAGUCCCGGGUCCUGAACAACGGAAUGCAUAAACUGCAGAGCCCUCGCAAAUGGUAUUCUCCAAUCAAGGGUAAACUGGAUGCCCUGUGGGUUCUGCUGAAGAAAGGCUAUGACAGAGUGUCCAUCAUGAGACCACAACCAGGAGACAAGGGUCGCUGUAUGAACAUCACACGCCUUAAGUCAAGCUCGUCUCCGCAUUAUCCAGCGUACAAUCACCACACGCCGAUCUACACCCCCCAGCAGAGCUGCACCACUCCUCCUCCUCCUCCCCAGAGUCAGCUGCCCCCUCCACCCUGCAGCCCAACAUCCUCUCUUCCUCCUCUCUCCAUCACUCCGUCUCCACCCAUCACUCCUCCUCCAUCAUACACCCCUCCGUCAGCCUGGUCCUCGUCGUCCGCUCCCGUUUUCUUUGAUUCACCUUCUCCUCCAUCCUCACCCACAGGACCGCUGCCUCCUCCCCCACUGGCCCCACCUCCAUGCCGAGCCCCUCCUCCUGACCGCCCUCCACCACGCCCUUCCCUCUAGGGCUUUGGAGGUGAGUGGAGAAGUGGAAUCAGGAAAUCAGUGGGAGACGCGAGUCUCUCUCCUUUAACCUUCUUGUUGUCUAGCUGUGUGGCCUUUGACAAUAAAAAACUUAAUGACUGGUCCACCAGUGGGAACAAACACAAGAGAACAGACUACGUCUUCAAUUUCAGCUACAAAACGACAGGAACCACAGCACAGACUAAAACAAUAUUAUAGACCACACUGAACACCACACACAAGUCUUUAAAGCAGGCUUUCACAAUGGACCACUACUAUUUAACCCCAUGUGUCCAAAAGACAGGAUGGACAUUCCUCUGAAGCCAUUUUCAAUGCAAAAUAAAUAGAUAAAUAAAUGGACUAGUGAAUGUUCCAUAUACAGAAUCUAUUUAAUGGGAAAAGUUGCAAUAUGUGCACAUUUGUUCAUUCGUACAACUAAUACGCAUUUAUGAAGCAUUUUUUUUUAAUUUUUUUUUUUAUAAGAAGAACCAUAUACAAAUGAAACAGAAUCCAGUCUCUAAAUCUACUCGAGAAACUUCUCUGCGAAUCCUGAGCGCCAACUGCCCAAGGAAGCAUGUAGAUAACGUGUAUUAAAACUCUCAAGCCCUGAUCGACUCAGAUCCAUAAAAACAAGUACUAACUGGUGUAAUCUGACAGUGAUUAGUGGGUAAUUCUUUUACAAAGAAUAUUCAGGCAAAUAUGUUAUGAUGCAAUGACACAGACACACGUGUGUGCUCUGUUAAUAAGGAAUUUGUGUUAAAAAAAAAAAAUUUAAAAAAAGCUGCAACAAAUUUAACACCUGCUCUUCGGUGGUAUUACUUUGCACAUACGUUUGCUGUUUAUUAGGUAGAACGCAAAAAAAUGGUGUUAUUUUGGUGAGGUUCUAUCAAGUUUGGACAUUUUUACACACAAACGUCGAGUAAACCAGGCGCUCGGGCAUUCAGUAUUAAUAUCCACGCCCAUAUUUGACAGUGUUAAUGUAACGUUCUUUGAUAUUGUAGGUUUAGGCUCAUUGUUGUAUGAAUUUUUUUUUUUUUUUUUUUUUUUAAAACGUUCACUUCUUUUCCUCACAUUAUUCAAUGUUGGGUAUUUGCUUGUGAAAUAGUCUUUUCAGUCCAAGAAUAUUGGAAUAUUACGUGCUGGGGUUUAUUUCUUAGCAUAUCAGUGCACAAUCCACAUUUGUUAAGACGUACAAGUGCACAACCACCUUAUCACACUUUUAUACAUGCAUUAUGUAUAAAUAUAUGUACCCCUUGCCUUUUUUUCCCCUGUGUGUUUUGAUGUAAGGUCAUGUGAUCAAAUAUUUGUUCUUUAUUUGUUUCCUUAACUGAGUCCUCAUUUAAGUCUUUGUUAGAAUACAGUAAGCUUUCUAACUGCCCUUAAUAUCCAUUUUCCUUCAGAAAAUGGACGGGAAUCCUCGUUUCUUACCAACAAGACCGGUUCCAGCUAAAAAUGUGUUUGAAUGACGUGUUUGUUUUUGCUCUGUACCUGUUGUAUAUACUUCGCGUCACUGUGUUAUGAUCUGCUGUUCUGCGUUUUCAGAUUUUCGGCUUUACUUUCAGCAUAUUCGGCUCCUAAAUUAUUACAAAACGUGUUAUGAUGUCUAACGUAGGACUGUGUACACAAAUCACUGUCUGAUACACAAAUAUGAGGACAGCAGAGGUUUUGGCAUUUUGCUCCUUUUUUUAAAAAAAAAACAAACUUUUGUUCUGUAUCAUUGACUAAACUAGUGAUAAAUAAGAGCUUGCUUUGUUCUUUGUGUUUCGAGCGCUGUGGUUGAAUUUAAAGAGGAUGGAAAUGGAAACCUCAUAUCGGCGAGCGGAAAGGACGGGAUUAUUUUCUCGGAAAUGGCAGACGGACAGAAGUACGUCUCUUUUAACUUUGCAGGGACACAAAUACUGAAAAUGUAUCAGCUGGUAAAUUUGUGUAGGUGUAUAUAUACUGUAUAUGCAUUAGUACAUGUGCUUGUAUGUGUGUUUCUCUUUUUAUAAAUGCAUUUGAUAAACUGG